AUGGUGGGCACCACAGCCACGGACGUGGCCCCCACCAUGGGGGUCAAGAUCUUCUCAGCGGGAGUGGCGGCCUGCCUGGCGGAUGUGAUCACCUUUCCCCUGGACACAGCUAAAGUCCGCCUACAGAUCCAAGGUGAGUGUCAGACCACCAGCGGCAUCAGGUACAAAGGUGUUCUGGGUACCAUCACCACACUGGCAAAAACGGAAGGGCCGCUGAAGCUCUACAGCGGGCUGCCUGCCGGCCUCCAGAGACAGAUCAGCUUCGCCUCGCUCAGGAUUGGCCUCUACGACACAGUGCAGGAGUUCUGGGGAGGGGAGGAAGCAACACCAAGUUUAAGAAGCAAGAUCUGUGCUGGUCUAACAACUGGAGGAGUGGCCGUGUUCAUCGGGCAACCCACAGAGGUUGUGAAAGUCCGACUCCAGGCGCAGAGCCACCUGCAUGGUCUCAAACCUCGCUACACGGGGACUUACAAUGCUUACAGAAUUAUAGCCACAACUGAGAGCUUGUCCACACUGUGGAAAGGGACUACUCCUAAUCUGUUAAGGAAUAUUAUCAUUAAUUGUACAGAGCUCGUAACCUACGACCUAAUGAAGGGGGCCCUUGUGAGAAAUGACAUACUAGCAGAUGACGUUCCCUGCCACUUGCUGUCGGCGCUUAUUGCUGGAUUUUGCACAACGCUUCUGUCCUCUCCAGUGGAUGUGGUGAAAACCAGAUUUAUCAACUCUCCCCAAGGCCAGUACACAAGUGUGCCCAGCUGUGCAAUGUCAAUGUUAACUAAGGAGGGACCGACUGCUUUUUUCAAAGGAUUUGCACCUUCCUUUCUGCGACUCGCCUCGUGGAAUGUCAUUAUGUUUGUGUGCUUUGAAAAGCUGAAGCGUGAACUGAUGAAGUCCAGGCAGACGGUGGACUGUGCCACAUAA